CUUGAUGACCUUCCAAAUACAAGACAUGUCAUCUUUUUGGCGUCCAGACAUCAACAUCAUCGCGGAAUAGAAAAAUCGGUCUCAUUUUCACAAACGUGUAAUUGGAAGUAUUUGGUGUACCAUAUUAUUUUUAUUUAAAUAAGUUAAACCAUCUUGGUAAAAGUGAGAAGCAACAUAGAGCCGCUCGUACUCCAAAGUCGGGUAACUGCGCCUGCUGCUGACGUUUAGAAAGGUGAAGUAGGAGUGGACAGUCCGAGGUGCCAUGUCGGUGCCAUCCUCAAUGGUGCACCGAUCCGUGAACGGCCUGGUGGUACGCAGCCUAUUCGACCCUCCACCGCUGCAAUCAUCUCCGCAGCAUCUUGCCAGCACAUCUGCCGGAGUGUGUGACGUGGAAAGCGUCGCGACGACCACGUCCGACGGCGAUGCCGACGAGGACGACGCCGCGGCAGCGUCGCCAGCCGCCGGGCUGCCCGACUGCAAAGUCAAGAGGAACUACACGUGCAGCGCCUGUGACUUCUUCACGCAGAACCCCAGACAGUACCUCUACCAUCUACGCGACAGCCACAAUGAGAAGGUGAAGAUCUACGAGUGUCCUAGUUGCUUGUAUGCCAGCAGACACUUCCAGAAGCUGCUCAGGCACAACAAGAUGGUCCACGGGUCCAGCGAGGCUCUGGAGAAAGCGCGAAGGAGACCACCUCAACAGGACAUGGAGCAACCCGAAGACUCAGAAGAUGGCGGCGAAGACCAUCCCAUGGACCCCAACGCCCCAUCGCCGGCAGUAUUCAAAUGUUCCGUAUGCGACUUCACCACCAAAUAUCAAGCCACCUUGGCCAAGCACGAGAGCGAACAGCACUUCAAAACCAAGUUCUUCAGGUGCGGCAAAUGCACAUACGUCACGCAUAUCAAAGCACGGUACACCAAACACGUGAAGUAUCAUUCCAUGCCUAUGAUCAAGUGCGACAUGUGCGAUUUUCGGACACCCUACAAAUGGAACUUGGAUAGACACUGCAAGAACCAUAAUGGGAAUGGGGCAUUCAGAUGUUCAGCAUGCAACUUCACCGCGGACAUCAAGCAAAGUCUGACCGUGCACGAGAUGAACCAUCACGUGCCGCCUGUGGGUCAAGUGGCUUCCGGCAGCGUCGCUUCCGGAGGCCGAAGGAGAAACAAAGUGGGGGCCAGCGAUGCCACUGCUGCCGAAGAAGCUGCCGCGGCUGCAGCUGCAGUGGGACACGUCACGGGUGGGGUAUCGGAAGGAGUAGAGGAGAUGGUGAAGAGUGAGGAGGGACAGCAGAUGACGUCGACGCAGGUGCUGGUGAGUUGUGUUAUUUUGAUGUGGUUUUAUAGUUGCCCACAAGUAUAAAAGCUUGAAGAU